GACGUAAUGAUACGCUUGCGGGAAAAAUGAAUCUUGCGCUCGUGACAGAAUGGCAGGAGGCAGGUCUACACCAAAGAUAAUACAGUUGAUCAGACAAGCCCAAGGUCUUGACCCAGAAGAAGAAUCAAUACUAAAAAAGCUAACACCUCAUGUUCCUGGUGUGGUAACUUUUGCUGACCACAGUAAAGCUCUACCAUGGACAACAGAGUACAAAUCUGUUCUGGUCUUUGCAGACAUUUCUGGCUUCACAGCUCUAUGCGAAUGCUAUGCUUCCAUGGAAAAAUCUGGCAUCGACCAACUCACAAAAAACCUGAACGAUUACUUGGGAGCUAUGGUAGACCUCAUACUGAAAGCAGAUGGUGAUGUGCUUAAAUUUGCUGGUGAUGCCAUUUUGUCUCUCUGGAGAGUAAAUACACCCAAAGAUUUAUUAAGUGUGACAGAAAAAGUCAUCAGAUGUUGUCUGAACAUUCAGAAGCAUUGUGGAGAAUGGAAAACUGACAUUGGAAUCAUUCUUACUGUCAAACUAGGUGUUUCUCUGGGGAACACACAAGUGACAUUUCUUGGCAAUGACACAUUCCGCAUGUAUGUAGAGAGGGGGAAGCCAGUAAUGGACGUCAACACAGCUGAAAGCUUCUGUAAAUCUGGAUACAUUGUCCUGUCACCAUACGCAUGGGAAAUCUGCAGGAAACCUCUAUUUACAUUUGAAGUACUAGAAGAUGGCCAGCAUAUUCGGGUGUUGUCCAUGAAGGAUGAUUUCCUUGCAUUGUCUCCAACCAUUGAGAUUACUUCUGAAGACGAGAAAGAGGAAGUGGAUGAUGGUACUAUUACUAAUGAAGCUGCUUCUGAACCAACAAACUAUCUCACUAAAUUCAAAAAGAGGAAACUUUCAAUCGGAUCAUCAGCCAAUAUGAAAAUAGUGUCUAAUCGUUUAAGCAUGAAGACUAAACGCCCAACCUUGACUGCAGAACCUUUUACAUCAGAUGUAUCCAACAUCACUGUCCCGAAUCCAUCUUUAUUGCAUGCUAACCCAACAAACUCAAAAAUGAUCAGUUCACCGGCGACUUUUCAACCUUUGGACUCUGACCCUCCACCAAAAGAAAACAAGACCAUGGUUACUCUUAUCCCUCCACCAAAAGACAACAAAACCAAGGUUGCCUUUGUCCCUUCACCAGAAGACGAGACAUCGGUUACUCUUGUCCCACCACCAGAAGGCGCCAGCACAGUGGUUACCCCAUUACUUGGUCCCUCAGUUCAACAAGAACAACCAAAGGUGACUCUACCACCUGUGGGUGAUUUGGAAGUAACUCAGCCCACACCAACUGUUGACACUACAACCCCUUCCCCUGCACCUCUUAAGAAGAAAGGCUUGGGAAUAGGAAAACUUGCAAAAUUACGCAACGUGGCUAAACAAGUAGCACAGUUAAAGCUGGACCAGUCUCUGAGGCUUUAUGUAUUGUCACCUGUGUUAAAAAAGAUUGAUGAUAACCAGCAACUAGAAUAUCUGUCUGAGAUGAGGAAGGUGUCAAUUGUCUUCAUGAACUUGGUUCUGAACAAGGUUGAUGCAACCAAUCUGCUACAACGGGUUUUUGACACUGUGUAUCUACAGUCCAGUAUCAUGCAUGGCUGUCUGAACAAAGUUUUCCUUUUUGAUAAGGGCUGUACAUUUUUGGUGAUCUUUGGACUUCCUGGCUACAAACAUGAGAAAGAUUGUGCCCAUGCUCUGAUGUGUUCUUAUAAAAUGAGGAAAACCUUGGUCAAAAUGGAGGGAAUCAGGAAUGUUUCGAUCGGUGUGACUACAGGAACAAGUUUCUGUGGAGUGAUAGGACACACAAACAGACAUGAAUAUUCAGUAAUUGGGAGUAAGGUGAACAUGGCAGCACGACUGAUGACCCACUACCCAGACAAGGUGACAUGUGAUGACAACACAUUCCAGUUCUCUCGACUACAAAUUAACAGAUUUCAGGUCCUCAUCACUAAACGCAUGAAAGGACUUCGUAACAUUGGCCUGAUCCGAGAGUACACAGAGACUGAUGCAGAUUCCUCUAAAAACCUUAACAGUGUUGUCAGGUUCCAGUAUCCACUGCUAGGGCGAGUCUACGAGAACAACAUCUUCUAUAAGGAGCUGUGUUACCUGACAGAGCUGGAGAACAAUGAAUGCUCUAAGUGUCAACACUUUGUCUUUGUGGGAGCUGCUGGGAUAGGCAAGACACGUCUCCUAGAUCAUCUCAUCGUCAAGGCAGAGAAAACUGGCACUAGAGUCAUAUCCUGUGCACUGAAGCUUGAUAAUCUGUUUGAUGCCAACUUCCUUGCUCAGUAUGUCAUCCUAUCACUACUAAAUAGUGCUGGGUUCUCCUACCAGGUCAACAAAGAGCCUUUGUUGAUGGAGAGGCUCAAGAGACAGGGGUACAUACCUUCUCUACACAAACUCAAUGAUGUCCUGUCCAUUAAUUUUCAGAGAUCAGAUUCUACUGAGGGAAUCCAAGCUGAAGAAGAGGAUUUACUUUGCUGUUUAGCUUCUGUGUGUAUAGAGAAGCUGGGUGGGGUUGUGAUCACCCUGGACGAUGCCCAUCACAUUGACCCCAAAUCCUGGAGAUUUCUUCUGCGGCUAAUCAAUCUUCCAGACAUCAUUGUGGUCAGUACAGUCAGACCAUUGGCUGUAGAGGCACCACCCUGCCAAGCUGCGUCGGAUUUCUUUGACCACAAAAUGGUAGUACUGCGGGACAUUGCUGGACUUGAAAGUAAACACAUGACAGCUUUAGCAUGUCAGCUAAUGGAGGUCAACAGGAUACCCAAGGAGCUGGAACGGAUGUUGAGAGAGAUGACGCAUGGUGUUCCGUCUUGGUGUGAGCAGUUACUAGUGGACAUGGUGGAAAAGAAACAGUUGACCAUUCUGCAGGACAGUGGUCAUUUUAAACACCAAGAGUCAAUGGUGGCACCCCCUAGUCAAUACAUCCGGCGUCUUGAUACAGAUGAUGAUUUAAGUAAUUUGGAUGUGAGGCAGUGCAACAAAAUUUUCUGUAAUACAUCCUCUAUCAGCUCACUGAAAAACGAGUCUGGCCACAAUAUGCUAGCAGAUUUAGGGUUUCUCCAUGGAAAGGCUGCCUCUAAUCCUGAUGAGGAAGAGACCAAAACCUCCAAGAAUGAGAGAAUUGCUGUAUUUUCUCCUGGCAUUAAUCCCAAUGAGAUUAAGGUGCCAGAUUCUAUGAAAGAACUCAUCAUGACUAGGAUUGAUUCCAUGAGGGCUUCAGAACAGCUUAUUGUGAAAUGUGCUGCUGUGUUAGGGACAAGUUUUUCUCGAGAUAUGGUGGAAACAAUCCUUCCUAAAGUUCAGAGAGUGAAAGCACGUAAGUGCUUUAAACAGCUUGCCUUCAAUGGGAUAUUUGAGUGUGCAAACAUUCCAGCUGGGCGGUACAACCAGAUGAUGCAGGGCCGAGAUGACACAAUAUCAUGGGACACCUGUUACUGUGUUAAAGAGGAGAACCUUUAUGUACAGGACCUGUGUAAUAAGAUGCGUUUCCGUAAUGCUCUAAUACAGCAGACUGCUUAUGAGAUUCUGAUGGAGAGCCAGCGACUUGAACUCCACGCCAAAGCUGCCGAAUAUUUGGAGAAACAGGCUGAUAAAUACCGAUCAAAGAUUCCCUACUACUUAUUGGGGAGAGUUUCUCCGAAAAGCGACCUUGACGCUAGAGGUUCAGAGGUUGCAAUAAGAAGAGCUCAGUGGAAAAGGAGAGCUUCAUCACGUGUAGGGGAUGUUGGCAGUGGUAUGUACCAAAGGACACGGGGAAGACGUUUUGGAUUCUCAAUAGAUAUUGAAAAGAGGGAUCCACUGGUACAGGUUUUACGAGAGCAGUUCUCACUGAAUCAGACGAUGGAUGAGAUGAUUGAGUGCCUUCUGCCCACUUAUAAAAUGAUUAUCUACCACUGGAAGGCAGCCAAACAUUAUCAGAACCUUGUUGACCAGCUCCUGGAAGCUAUAUCAGCAGCUGUUGUCAUCUGCAAAACUGAGCAGGCCAUGAACAUGUUGUUUGAGGUUGAUGCUGUGCUGACAAAAAUGGAAAAGGCUAGUGAUGCAGAUCAGGAGUCCAUCAUGAUCCUUAAGUCAAGAGCAAACAGACUCUGGGCAAAGACUUUCCAAUGCGUUGGACAAGAGGAGCAAGGCUACUCCUUCCUGAAAAAAGCAGCAAGAUUAGUUGGUUUGCAACAACCCACACAGAUGAGCACAGCCAAGUUGAAAGUGAAAUUGCUGAAAUUUAAAAUGUUCUUCUUGCAAAACCGAGACAGACGCAUGUUACCAGCCAGCAAGUCAACUAUUGAGCAAUGCUACUGUUUAACAGACCUGUACAAUUACCACAAGGAAAAGGACAACACCCAGUUCAUGGUCCUCAGUGCCAUGUUACUCCUGUCAAAGAUCCUUAACAGGGUACCACUCCUACACCAGGUUGUGCAAGGCUACCAUGAAGUGAUGAAAUAUUACAAGAAACAAAGUGACAGAAACAUGGAGAUGAGACUUGGAAUGGAACUCAUUGAAAGGUGUGUAGAUCACUACAAGGAGUUGACCAAGAGUGAUUGUUUACAUAUGUUAAAAGUAUAUGCUGACCUCUGCAUCCUUAGUUUGGAGUCUGGCAACAUCAACAAGGCACUGACCAUGGGUUUCAGCUACAUUGACCUUGCCAACAAGACUGAAGAGGACCCAAUCAUCAAAGAAACAGGACACAGCCUUGCAUUUGCUCUCAUUCUUGCCAACAAGGUGGGUAUGUGUAUAGACACACUGCUGACACUUAAAGGGAGAAUACCUGACAGGAUGUCAUGGACCUGGUACUACGCUCUCUGUCUGGAACUGCUCCAAAAUGGAGAUUCUGGCCCUGAGCAAUUCCACAACUGUCUUGCAUUCUCUACAAAUCUGUUCAAGAAUGUAGAUGCAGUGAGAGGCGAAUACUCCAGUAGAUACUACCUGGCUAUGUGUAUUGCUAUGUAUUAUUGUCGGUGCCAAAACUGGGAGGCAUGCCAGAGCUGGUUUGACUACUGGCAACUGUACAGAACAGAGGACUUGACAUUUUUUACCCUGUACACAAUAUGUAAGGAGUUGGAGAUCAAACUGCUGUCUAUAUCAGUCAGCCAUGGUAAACCCCACAAGACAUGGAAAGAACUGAAAGACAGCAUCCUUAAGGACCUUGAUUUCUUACUGACAAAUGUAGUCACCAUCCCAGGUCUGAAGCCACGAGUUUUGCAUCUCAAAUCUUACUACUUUGCUCUGUGUGGUAAGAGCAUGAAAGCUAAGAGGAAUUUAAAAAGGGCAAGUACUGUUGCCAGGAAACAGGGCAACCAAUCAGAAUGGAGAUGGGUGGAGCACCACAAAAAAGUCUGGUUCAAAGCACCAAAGGACAGUAGGCAAUGGCAAAAAAUUCCAGACGAAAACCUCAACACUAGGUUAUGGAGACCACAGAGGGGGAAGCUCUUCACCUGGCCAUUAAUGUGAAUAUCUAAUGCAAAGGUUUCUGAUGGGGACUUCUACAUAAACUGACCAAGUGUAAUAAGACACUUGUAUCCAAUGAAACAUGAUACUUAGAAAAUUAUACUUUCAAAAUGCAGUACUUUAUAAAGCAUUAUACGUAGUUGUAAAAAGAAAGUAUUUUGUGAUAAUUACAUUAUCAAAUAUGGUUAAUUUAUUAAGAUUCAGAGACGUUUUUUUUAUUUGUGUGUAAGAGAAUACUCAAAACACUACUUGUGUUAGAUAACAGUUUUAAGAAUAUGUGUGGCAUAUGAUAGUUAAAAGAUUAUUUAUGUGAUAGAGAAUACUCAAAAGACUAUUUGUGUGUUAGGGAAAAUUAAAAAGACUAUAAGACUAGUGUGGUAGAGAACAAUUUAAAUACUUUCUGUAUUAGAGAAAAUUUAAGACUUUGUGUGAAAGAGAAAAGUUAAAACACAAAACCUCUUUGGUUUGAAAUAAUUAAAAGACUAUUUGUGAGUUGGAGAAAAUAAAUGAAGGUCAUGUGUUAAGAUUUUUUAAUUCCCAAGAGCAUGCGGGGCUUAAUUAUGAAGUGUGUUUGAAUGAACGACCUUGAUGAAAAUUUUAUGUUACUGUGUGGUUAUAUCUGAAAUCAUUUUUUCUGAAUAUUAAAAAAAAUAACCUUGGAUAUGAUAUUUGACAUGUAUAAGCUACUGAAAAGGAACAGUAUUAAUUCUGAAGGACUACCUAACACCAAAUUAAAAGUAGACUAGUAUUUAGAACAAAAUUGUUACAGUUCUGUCCAUUUCCUACAGUUCCUUCAGUUUUGUCUAUUUCCUAGUUCACAGUUCCCUCUAUUUCCUAGUUACUUCAGUUUUGUCUAUUUCCUAGUUACUUCAGUUUUGUCUAUUUCCUGGUUACUUCAGUUCCGUCUAUUUCCUAUUUACUUCAGUUCCGUCUAUUUCCUAGUUACUUCAGUUUUGUCUAUUUCCUAGUUACUUUAGUUUGGUCUAUUUCCUAGUUACUUCAGUUCCGUCUAUUUCCUAGUUACUUCAGUUCCGUCUAUUUCCUAGUUACUUCAGUUCCGUCUAUUUCCUAGUUACUUUAGUUUGGUCUAUUUCCUAGUUACUUAAGUUCCGUCUAUUUCCUAGUUACUUCAGUUUUGUCUAUUUCCUAGUUACUUCAGUUUUGUCUAUUUCCUGGUUACUUCAGUUCCGUCUAUUUCCUAGCUACUUCAGUUCCGUCUAUUUCCUA